AUGGAGGUGAGGGGCGGUGGAGCCAAGCGCGACCGCAGCGGCAAGACAUGCGAACAGUGCCGUGUCGCCCACGCCGCCUGUGACAAGUGCCCAUCGCAGCCACAUCUCCAGCUCGAGGAUCUGCUCGGCUUCGACUUUUCAGCCACCGCCAGCCACGACCAUCAUCCGCUUCAUGACGAGGCCACCACGACCACCACCGCCACCGCCACUGCGCAGCACCACGCGCAGCACGCAGGGCAGGUGGGCGACAGGGCCGUUCACUACAGCUACGACCACCGCCAACAGCAGCAAGAGCUGCAGGAGCAGCGGAUCACGUCGCUGGAGAACCGGCUGGAGGUGCUGACCCGCCUGGUGCACACGAUGGGCAACGACCUGCGAGAGCUGCACCAGGCCAACGCCCGGCUCCGGGCGAAGCUCAAGCGGCGCGAGGUGGUCGAGCGACGACCUUCCUUCGCGUUCGAGCUCUCGGUGCUCCACUCUGGGGUGUCGCCCGUCCUCGCGAUGGAGGCCCGCCGGCAGUUGCCCUGGCUCCUCCACUACGAUAUCCCCACCCGCUUCUCCAUCGUCGACUUCAGCCAUCCGAUAUGCGUGAUGGAAACGAUGUCGAGCCUGGACGUGCCGGCCUGUGUGUCCUACGCCAACGCCGCGUUUCUGGCGCUGAGCGGCUACGCCUGGGGCGAGCUCAUCGGCAGCCCGCACACCCAGAUCUUCUCCUUUCGCAGGAGCUACCUCGAUCUAUCAGCCAUCCUCUACAACCAGCGACCAAUGACCGCGAGCGAUGUGUUCAGCUUCAGCCAACUGCUUCGGCGGAAGAAUGGCCGCACCGUCCGACUCGACGACCAGUCGCAGGUCUUCUACGACCGCAACGGCAAUGGCCAGUACAACGUGAUCUGCGUGUUGGGGUGGAAGGAGGACGGCCUGAUGCCCGGCGAGGCCUUCGACACUUGGCUGCCCCUGCGCCCUCCAGCAACUUCGCGUCAAUCCCGCUUCGACAAGGACCACCACAUCAUCGAUGACUCCGGCGAUGAGCGCACCACCGGCACCGGUCGGCACCGCGGAACGCUCCCGGCCAGGUCGCAUCCGGCCCAGACGACAGACAACCGUUGGCCGCUACGCGAACAGAACAGACACGACGCAGAGACCGGACGGCGAAGCGAUGCACCUCCGCGCAAGCGCGUGCGGGGCGCCGCCGCCGCGGGCGGCAAGACCAGUAGUAGCACGCACCAGACGGCCAACGGCAGCAAGCGCCAGGCCAAGGAGACCUCCUACCCCAACGCCCCGCGGCACCUCCACCACCAGAUCACGCCCCAGGCGGGGCCGCCACCACAGCCGCAGCCACACCAGCAGCAGCCGCCACCACCAGACGCCGGCCCAGCGGCGUGGAUGAACCCAAUAAUGACUGGCGCCGAUGGCGACCACCAUGGCCGCCAGCAGCCCCGACCAGCCACCACCAUGGCCGCCUUCUACCACGAGCUCUACGCCCACCAGCUUCAGCACCAACACCAACAGCAACCGCAGCCGCAGCCGCAGCCACAGACGCAGCCACAGACGCAGCAGCAGCAGGAUCGACCGGGCGAGGCGACGCAGGCGCUGGAGGACAAGGUGGACCGGCUGACCCGGCUCGUCGAGACGAUGCAGGCCAACAUGGCGCGGCUUGAGCGGUCCAACGCCGAACUGGUCUCCAAGGUGGCCAAGCUCGAGGACGUGGUGCACCUGGGCGGCGGCGGCGGAGGCGGCUCGAAUGACCCCAUUGACCACCGCAACGGCCACGUCAUCGCCAACUCGCCAUUGGCGGAGCUCCUGACGUCGUCGUCGCCGUCGGUGGCGCCGGGCUCGUCGCCGCUGUUCGCGCACCAGCACCACCUGCGGCUCGAGGCCGGCGUGUCGCCAGCGCUGGCCAUGGAGGCCCGGCAGAACCUGCCCUGGCUGUGCCACUACGACCUCCCCUCCCGAUUCGCCGUCAGCAGCUUCAGCAUGUAUCCGGUGUGCGUGAUGGAGCAGCGAUACACGUGGGAGCUGCCGACGGUGCUGGCCUACGCCAACCCCGCCUUCGCUGAACUGUGCCAAUACCAAAUGGACGAGCUCAUCGGGGCGUACUAUACGAAACUGUUCUCCCUCCCGGCCAACGUGCAGUGUUACGGCAGCGUCCUAUACAACCAGCGGCCGAUGGCGGUGAGCGAGAUCAUCAGCUUCCAACUGCUGCUCCGACGGAGCGACGGCGUCACCCUCCGCAUGCGCGACCAAUCCCAACUCUUCUACAACAGCGAGGGCCAGGCGCAGUACGUGGUGAUGUGUUUCCACGGAUGGCAGGCGGGCCCGCUGACGCAAGACGAGGUCUUGGGCCAGUGGGUGCCCCUCCCCAAUCCGCUCGACCCGCCCUCCUCGUCUUCCCGCUCCUCUUCAUCGUUUUCGUCGUCGUCGUUGGCCGCCGCAUCGCCCUCCGGCCCGCCUCUUCGACACGCGCCUUCGCCCUCGUCGUCGGCGUCGCACGCGCGCUUCGCGCCCGUGGUCGAGUCCUGGUCGUCGUCGCCGGCCGAUCUCGCCGACAGCGCGUUCGAUCUGCUGGACCAGUUUUCCUCCUGGCCUCCCACGCCCACAACCACCAACUUCUCUUCUUCGUCAUCUUCUUCAUCAUCGACCGCCUCACAGUCAUCGUCGUCUUCGUUGUCGGGUGGCCCACGACCUGCGGGACCAAGCGGCUCCACCUUCCGCGCCGACCGACAAUGA